CCCGCUUGAGGACGUACGACAAAAAUUAAAAAAAAAUAAAAAAGAUGAAGUUCAUCAUAUUAUUAAGUGUUGUGGCUCUAGCAAGAUGUGUGCCUUUGGCUCAAGAAGAUUCAGUGAUGAAAUCGGUGAUAGGAAACUUUGUGAAUUGCAUGAACAGUGAUUUAAAUAUGUGUUUAAAGGAACAAGCUUUAAAAGCUACUGAACGACUCGGCACAGUGAGAAAGCUCAACAUUAUUGAAGGAGUUACUCUGUACAAUAACGGUCCUAAAGAAGCCAGAAGCUUGGAGCCUUUAGCCACGGAUCCUGAAUUGAGAAGCAGACAGGUUAACGAAAGACUUUGGGAGAGCGCCUCAGAUUUACUCACGAAGAGUGACUUAGAACUCAGUUUCAAUGGCUCUGAUGAUGAUGAUGAAGAAUCCAGGUCCCUUGAUGAGGCUGAAGGCCGUGGAAAGAAGAAGAAGCAGAUCAAGAAGAAGUUGAAACUCCUCAUCCCUCUUGCCAUCUUAGCCAAGGUCAAAGCCGUCGCCAUCGUUGUAUUAGCCCUUGUUGUUAUCGCCGCAUCCGUAUUCAAGCUCGCUCUUAUUGCCAAGAUUGCGUUCAUCGCCAAAGUUAUCGCCAUUGUGAAGGCACUUAUCGCCAAGAAGCAUGCGCAAGAAGAGCAUACCUGGGUAACUGCUCAUGAGGAACAUCCACCUCAUGGAGGUUGGGAUGGCGGUUGGUCCCGUUCUAAAAAUGAUGCUAGUAACUUAGCUUACUCAGCGUAUAGUCAAUAGAAUAUAACCAAAUAAUUUAUUCCGGGUACAAAAAUUGGAAGCUAUUUUUUGUUAAAUAAUUUUCGAAGCUAUUUAUUGAUUAAUUUAUUGUGUGCGUGUGAGUGUGUAUGGUUUUUAUUGUUUUUUUUUUCUUUAGUUCAUUUUGUUUUUCUUUUCGGUCAUUUUAUGUUGUUAUUCUUUUUAUUUUGUUUUUUUGUUAUAAUCUGACUGAAAAGGAUUUUUAAUUUGUAUGAUGUCGGAUUUUAGUUUUGUUUUUUUUAAUUUUGUGAUAUUAUUAUAAUAUGUUUUAUGUGUAAAUAUUUAUUAUAUAUUUAUCUAUUUUAUUUAUAUUUAUAGUAUUGCUAUAUAUUGAAGUAUAUUUAUUAAUUUCGUAUCAUAUUUAUAUAAGAUUUAUAUACAAAUGUUAUAUCUAUUCAUAAUUUCAUAUAUUUUUAUGUUUAUGUUUUCUUUUAUAUUUAUAUUUUAUUCUUGUCCUUAUUUUUUUCAAUUAUAUUAAGUAUUCAUGCAUAUAUUUUAUUUUUAACUUUUAGAAAUCGUCGCCACCAAGUUUUGUUUUUUUAUUGUUUUGAUUUUGUUUGUUUGUUUUGUUACCAUACGCGUUAUAUUUUUUGUUUGUUUGUACGUAUGUUUGCCUGUAAUUUAUUAAAGAAUUGUUAAAUAAUAAACUUCAAUGAACAUUA